UCCGAUUCCUGGUCCAAUAAUUUGACAGACCGGGCUCCCAGCUCAGUGUCAAUUUGUGUCGACAUGUCUAAGAGAGUGCUGUUCCUGAUCUGGAUCCUCCUCGAGGACGUUCUUGCAUCCGCAAAUACCAGGCAUGUGAACAUCGAGGACUAUCCGUACCACGUGUCCAUCGAGAAGAACCGGAAACACGCGUGCAGCGGCGCGCUGGUGCACGAGUCCUGGGUCAUAACCGCGGCAUCCUGCGUUUUCGGGGCUGACCCGUCGACGGUGUUCGUGCGAGUCCGGACCGGCACGCUCGCAUCCGGCGGAGAUGAAUUGGAGGCGUGCAGCAUCCUGGUGCACCAGGAUUUUGAUAAAUACGUGCUGCUGAAUGACAUCGCGCUAAUAAAGUUAAAGGUGCCCGUGCAAUUCGGAGAAAAAUUGCUUCCGAUUGGCCUACGCGACGAAUGCGAUGGAGAACCGAACGAUGGAACGAUUUGUUUCGUGACAGGAUGGAAACACAACCUCGAAGGACCAGGGGAGACGCAACUGACAGCGACAGCGGUGCCAAUAGUGAAUCAAGACACCUGCAUCUCGAAGAUACCCAGCUACGAGCCGGUGUUCCAGAAAAUGCUUUGCGCCGGUAACAUGACCCUCGGGGUGGAGACGUGUCAGGGCGAUCCAGGUGCUCCGCUGAUGGAAGGCCAGACGCUGAUUGGCGUUCUAUCCUAUGGAUUAGGGUGUAAAACUAUGAUACAUCCGGCCGUGUACACCCGUGUCAGCAGUUACGCGGCGUGGAUCUCGGCGAAUUCUGGCAUCCGCUAUACAUGAGAUGAUAUUCGCGAAACUACAAUGUCAACACCGCUAACCUUCACCAAGAAACGCUAUCGCGCUCUCGCUGCGAGUGCCGCGCUUCGAGCGGAGCGAAGCGGAGAAGUUUCCGCACGUCCGCGUCUCCGCUCCCCGCGACGCCAAAACGCUCUCUCGUAACUUUACAAAUUUGUCGAACGCUGCAAAGAGUUUUAUGGAAAUAUAAUGGCGCCGGGAGAAAGGAAAUUCCACCUAUUCGCCGCGCACGAAUGACUUCCUGUCGCCAUAUUGCGCGCGGCGUUUCAUUUUUCCUUGACGCCGGUUCACUUUUUUAUUUGCAUUCCUUCGCCGAGCGAAGUGUUUUAACGGAUUUCUGUCUCUAGCCGCGGCCGGAGCGAAAACGCGACUCGCGCGGAAACAGAGAAAUGUGCGCAACGCGGUUUUCAAUGCAAACGUUUGAUAAUUGUGCGGGUUAGUGGAAAACAGAAUGUAACUUGCUGUUCGCUCUAUCUAUCGUAUGUUAAAAUGAUUUUUGUAUGCAAAUAAAUGCUGAAGAACGAUCUUCUUCCAUGGUAAUUAUAUCCGGUGGUAUUGUUUAUUAUUUCUGUUCUCGCAACGAUGUAUGUUUCAUGUUCCUUUCUUGAAGACAGUUUUGAUAUCAACGCUGGAACGUGCGAACCUUUUUGACAAAAAUAUAACUGACUGUUGGGUUAGGAUUAUUUAUAA